AUACGUUUGCGUUAUUCACGGAGCAGUGCGCGGUGCUUCUGAAGACGGGUACGGCAGCUUUCUGCAUCCUCUGUACCUAGCGCCGUUGAAAGAAAGGUAAAAAGAACAGCAGUGGACGAGAGGGGAGACUGCGGGAAAGGGCGACCGCGAAGACUGCUGCCCCUCCCGACAAACGCCGCCGCUCAGAAGCGAGGCACCGCUUCAGGAAAGGUGUGCAACAGGUUCGCAGAGGCCGGCUAGUGGUUGAUUGUCUCCGCGGUCGUUCUCGUUUUUCUCUCCCUCCUGGAUUCGGAGCUGCUGCUUGGAGCAAGCACUGUGGAGUCAUGUCGGAAGAAGCGGCUCCGCGGCUUCUACUGCCGCUGCUGCCUUGAAUCUGGAUUUUGACACGCGCCAGAGAUUUCUGCUGCUCGUCCUCGGAAGAGGCGACGCCGCAUUCUUGACGGGCUUCUGAGCCCAGGGGAAUCUGUUCGCUCGGAGUGCCAAUACGACCGCCGCGCGAAGAUCCUGUUCUCUGCCGGCGAUCGACCACACACCGCCGUGAGCUUUCGCCAUGAGGUGCUGUUUUGGCGAGAAACCCAAGACCUUCCAUUGCAAGGUGGUCCUGCUGGACGAAACGGAACUCAUACAGGAGAUACAGAACACUUCCCGAGGCCAGGACCUUCUGGAUGUUGUGUACAAGCACCUGAACCUGCUGGAGACAGCGUACUUCGGCCUGCGUUUCGUCGACACACUGGCGCAGACGCACUGGCUCGACCCGAACAAGAAGAUCCACAGACAAGUAAAAGGCAUGCAGACGUUCACGUUCUACUUCGGCGUCAAGUUCUACACGCCGGACCCGUGCAAGCUGCUUGAGGAGAUCACGAGGUACCAGUACUUUCUUCAAGUGAAGCAAGACAUCUACCAUGGCCGGCUGCCCAUCAGUUUCGAUCUGGCUGCUGAACUUUUUGCUCUAGCUAUACAGUCCGAGCUUGGCGACUAUGAUCCCCGAAGGCAUCAACCUGGUUAUUCCUCAGAGCUGCGUUUUCUGGUGAACCAGACACCGGAAUUAGAAGAAAAGGUUGCAGAAUUGCACAAAGGGCUGAGAGGCCAAGUGCCAGCGGUUGCUGAAAUGAAUUUCCUUGACAAGGUCAAGUGGCUGGAUAUGUAUGGUGUAGACCUACAUCCUGUUAUUGGUGAAGACCACACAGAAUACUUCCUAGGUCUGACUCCCAGUGGCGUCGUAGUGCUUAGGAAUAAAACCAAAGUUAGCAACUACUACUGGCCACGCAUCACCAAAGUUCAUCACAAAGGCUGUUACUUCAUGCUCCAAGUUCGUGACAAAGCAAAUGAUGACAGCACAUAUGGAUUCGAGCUGGCCACGAAACAAGCAUGCAAGCACCUGUGGAGGUGCUGUGUUGAUCACCAUUCUUUCUUCAGGCUUACCCAGACAUCUGAAAAUCCUAUAGCAUCAAAGUAUUUUGGAUGGGGAGGAAAGCUCAGGGUCAGCACACGCAGAGAACGGCCUAACCCAGCCAGCUUCAAGAUACAGCCUCGACAGCAGCCAGCAUUUGUACGAGUGCCAAGCAGGCGAUACCAGAGACGACUCGGACAGCCUGACGGUGCUGACGCAGGAACACAGCUCAGGGAACAAGAAAAGCAUGUGACUGACCACAGGAACGGAAGCCACUGGGCUCACUCAGCUCUGUUGUCACCAUCGUCUACGUCACUUCACCACAGUUCACCUGCGCCAGCCACUUCAACGCCAGUAACUCCUGGGAACCAGUCAUCUUCAGUGCCACCUUGGGAAGACCCAAAGCAGAGGGGCCUCUACUCAAGUUCAACAAACCCUUCACCACGAUCUGUUCGAAGCUCUGGGUCCAGGCACUCUCACUGCCGGUCAUCAUCCAAUGAGGGAGACUGCAGACGACGAAAGCAUCAUAGCCGACGAGGUUCAGAUAAUGAAAGCGAAGUGUCUAGGUCCUCACGAGGUUCUCGAGGAUCCAAAUGCUCACGAGCAAGCAGUGGAGGUUGCCGGCACAGCUGCCAUUCGAGAGACAGUGGCAGUGAGUCAGACCACCAUCACCACCACAGGCACAAGCAUCGACAUCAGAGGAGGCAUAGGUCGUAUGAACUGAUUGAUUCUGAAGCCCAGUGGAAAGAAGUCCAGAAACAGCAGCAAGCUAGUGUCCUCAAACAACCACAGAGUGCUGUUGUGCGGGACCUGUCGGCAAGGAAAAGUGGGUACAUCCAGUCAGGCAUGGAAACUGAGUCAGAGGCCCAAUAUGCUCAGAGGAAGAAGCACAGGAGGCAUCGCUCUCGCUCCAAGUCGCCAGAUGUCAAAAGGUCCAUCCCGAAUGAUGUCAAAAAGCACAUUGAGUAUCACUUGAUUGAUCCAGUCACACUUACUGAGGAGGAGAAGAAGGACAUCAAGUACACCAAAGUGGAAACCGACUCCAGACUCUUCAAGAUCCGUUAUUCGCCCACUGCAGGCCGGCCAAACUACAGAAUGGCUAAGAUUUCCUCCAGCCGUGCAGCCAAGGAAAACAAGAACGGCCAGGAGGAAGAAGACGGACCUCCUCCACCCUAUUCAACGUUGCAUUCAUCUCCUGCUGCACAUGCGGCCGGAGCCACCUCCAUCAAAAUUCCAUUGGACUUUCCGUCAGCAUCGGGACCUUAUGAGUCAUCGCCCAAGCUGACGAGGGACACAUUUCCACGCCCCUUGAUGACUCCAGUGUCAAUGUCAAAUGGGUCACCACUCAUCAACUCCGGUAUGGCUGUUAGAGCUCCCGCUUGCAAUGGAAAGCUGCCAGUCUUCACAUCGAGAGCAUCUUCCACAAGCAACCUCCUGGCACCCACUACAACUGUGUCGUCUUGCAUGACAACCUUGGCUAAUGGCGGCAUCUCCUACAAGUCAUUCGCAGAAUCUCACUUUUGGUUACAGGAAUCUCCACAGGCAGCAAUGAAUGAAAGUCCUCGAUUGACAUCCCUAGCACCACACCUAAUGGCUUCCACAAGGUUUGGCAGCUCCGAGGAAGAGACAGCGAGUGCCUCGCAUGAGCCACUGCCAGCAGUAACCAGCAGUGGACCGCGUGUCACUUUCCAGACUCCAACAGUGGCCACUUACUCUAGGGUUUAUUCUUCACCACCUUGGAAUGCUUGGAGCCCUAAGGCAAGCGCUGGUGACACAAUUCCAAAGAGCCCACUUUCUGGGUGCCACGAAAUGAGCACCGAGUUGUGAUACAUGGCCCCAAGAGGAGGCUGGAGCACUGGUUUCCAAUCUACUCAGUGGUUGCAGAGAAUAGCAUACUGCCAGAUGACGGAAGUCUCGUACAACUUCAUUUGGGAUUACAGUUAAAGAAUAUGAAACUACCACUAUAAGUUUAGGCUACCACAAGUGCUGUAAGCAUACAUCACAUUAAUUUUCGGUUGCUUUAGCUACACUAAAAAUGAGAAUCAGCUGUUUAAAUGUAUUAAACGCAGCAAAUUUGUUGUGGGAUUCAAGCUGGUAAACACAUUUAGAUGUUCAUGCAAAUAAGUGUACAUCUAAAUUAUGUUGAAACACUGUUUCACUAGUGAGUUGUGUGCCUUAAACAUGAAAUUUAAGGCUCACUAACUUUACUGGCCUUCUAAUUUUAGGAGACACAAACAAAUUGUUGUGGGGUAUGGAUUCAGACAGAAAGGUAAGCCUUCUGCCACAGCCAGUCCAGGAUUCGUACAGGUCUCAGAGACAGAAAUUCAAGAAUAUUCAAGGACUUCCAAGGCCCUGUCAAAACAUUUAAAGGGGGCACAGCAGUAUCACAUGUAGCAAUUAUUCAUUAUGACGUUUUCAAACACUAUAACCAAACUUGGAGAUAAUGAAGUCGGUAAACUUGGCACUUUACUUUGUCAUAUUGAUAUGGGACCUUUUAUGGAAUAAGUACAGUCGCCGACAUAUUUUUCUUGCAUGGAAGGGACUGUAAAACUUUUUGUAUCAUUGCACAAUCGGGAAAUUAAUGAAUUUCAUAAUGCAAAAGCAACUUUUUUUAUUUGCGAGUCUGCAGCCAAAGAUAUGCUUUCAUGCCAUGUCGAUGAUGUCUUUACAU